AGAGAGAAAGAUUAAUCAAUUAAGAGACUGAGUAACAUGAUUUUUCUCCAAAACGAUAUGGGCUCUAUUUUUUUUUUUCUGUUUGGCACUUUUUAGGGACGGGUUUAUGACUUUGGAAGAUCAUAGGAUAAAUUCCUUUUUAACAACUUCCUAUUUUAGUACUUAGGGAGCCCUACGUGUCUGUGCUGAUAAACUGUUAGGGCCAUUUCUCAGCCUCUGGCGAUUAUGCUUCAUAUGCUUUUCUGUUUUGCCAAAGUUCCCAGAACAUAUAUAUGUUUUCAAAUCUUUAAAAAAUUGGGUAUGGAGAUGGAAAUGGACCUCCUUAUAAGUCCUGAAAAUAAAAGAGCUUUAAAGUGCUAUUCUGCUAUAAACCUAUUGUCCUCACUUUUUUCUAUACAGAGCAGUUUUUAUAAUUUGUGUAUUAAUUUUGUGUGGACAUUAUUUCUUUGUUUCAAACUGGCACUAAAAUUCCAUAGUGUGUGCUUUUUCCACAUUUUAUUUUAUGGAUACUUUCUUACCAUAGGUAUUGGGAUUAGCUCCAGUUUCCAGCUGUGGCCAAAAAUGCUGCCCAGAACAUUCUACUAUCAAACAAUUUGUGAAUUUCUCUGGAAUGCUUAUCUAGGGGCAAAAUAGCUGGGUCAUAGGUAUAAGCUUUCUUGAUUUGUAAGAGCUGCUAGAUUUUUUUCCAGAGUAUCUAGAGCUGUCUUAUGUCCCCAAGUCUCUACUUUUGUCAUUUAGCUUUGUAACAUUUGCUAUACAUACACAAGUUCCUUGUUUUAAAUUGCAUUUUUGAAUGAUUUGAAUUUGAGCAUUUCUUCAUAUCUUGAGCCAUUCUAGUUUCCCUUUAUGUGAAUUUCCUUUUCCUGUGCUUUGCAUACUAUUCUAACUUGUCCUGACUGGUUUUUUGGUUAUCAACUUUAGGAGAUUGUUGUCUGUUCCAUUUAUUAGUCCAUUGUUAUUUUGGGGCAUUGGAAAUACUUUCCCAUUCUGUAGCCUGUCUGUUGAACAUAAAUCUUAAUUUUUGUGUAAUUAAAUCCCUCAAUUUUUUUCCUUACGGUUUCUGGUUUUGGAAUAUUAUUUAAGAAAUCCUUUCCUACCCUUAGACCACAAAGAAGUCCCCACCAUUUUCUUCUAUUAGCUUUAUAGUUUUACCUUUUAUGUUUAAGCCUUUGUGGUAUCUAUGGUCCAUUUUAUGUACUGUGAAAUAGUCCUUAUGACAUUCAUCUGUUCAACACAUAUUAAUAGAGUGCAUACUGAGGGUAGGCACUGUUGAAAGUAUAUAUUUGUAUAUAUUUGUGAACAAAUAUCCCUGCUCUUGUGUAGCUUAUGUUAUCCUGCAAGAUAGGUCUCUAUUGGGCCACCACUUAUUUUGCACUUUUAAUUAGCACUCAGGAUGAAUUCCACAAUUUUACACAUAGCACCUGUUAAGGAAUAGGCUUUAUUUGAGGGAAAGGGAAGACUUCUUUCUUAGGCCAGCAUCUGCAAGAAAAGAAAACAAAGGUUCUUCAUCCGUUCAUCAUCGCAAAAAGAAACCUGCUGGAGCCUAGGCAAUCUGCUAGACUUGCAUGGUCUAUUCAGGUUCUAGGUCAUUAUUCUGCCUACCACAGAGACCUCCAUUCCCUGGGAAGUUGAGAUCCCUCCCUCUUCAAGAAGGACUGGUCUUUUGAAAUACUUCAACCAUGACUAAAAGAGAAGCAGAGGAGCUGAUAGAAAUUGAGAUUGAUGGAACAGAGAAACCAGAGUGCACAGAAGAGAGCAUUGUAGAACAAACCUAUGCCCCAGCUGAAUGUGUAAGCCAGGCCAUAGACAUCAAUGAACCAAUAGGCAAUUUAAAGAAACUAUUAGAACCAAGACUACAGUGUUCAUUGGAUGCUCAUGAAAUUUGCCUGCAAGAUAUCCAGCUGGAUCCAGAAAGAAGUUUAUUUGACCAAGGAGUAAAGACAGAUGGAACUGUACAGCUUAGUGUACAGGUAAUUUCCUACCAAGGAAUUGAGCCAAAGCUAAACAUCCUUGAAAUUGUUAAACCUGCGGACACCGUUGAAGUAGUUAUUGAUCCAGAUGCCCACCAUGCUGAAUCAGAAGCACAUCUUGUUGAGGAAGCUCAAGUCAUCACUCUGGAUGGAACAAAGCACAUCACAACCAUUUCCGAUGAAACCUCAGAACAAGUGACAAGAUGGGCUGCCGCACUGGAAGGUUAUAGGAAAGAACAAGAACGCCUUGGGAUACCCUAUGAUCCCAUACAGUGGUCCACAGACCAAGUCCUGCAUUGGGUGGUUUGGGUAAUGAAGGAAUUCAGCAUGACCGAUGUAGACAUCACCACACUCAACAUUUCUGGAAGAGAAUUGUGUAGUCUCAACCAAGAAGAUUUUUUUCAGCGGGUCCCUCGAGGAGAAAUUCUCUGGAGUCAUCUGGAGCUUCUUCGAAAAUAUGUAUUGGCAAGCCAAGAACAACAGAUGAAUGAAAUAGUUACAAUUGAUCAACCUGUGCAGAUUAUUCCAGCAUCAGUUCAGUCUGCUACACCAAGUACUAUUAAAGUUAUAAAUAGUAGUACAAAGGCAGCUAAAGUACAAAGAGCUCCAAGGAUCUCAGGAGAAGAUAGAAGCUCACCUGGGAACAGGACAGGAAAUAAUGGCCAAAUCCAACUAUGGCAAUUUUUGCUAGAACUUCUUACCGACAAGGAUGCUCGAGACUGUAUUUCUUGGGUUGGUGAUGAAGGCGAGUUUAAGCUAAAUCAGCCUGAACUGGUUGCACAAAAAUGGGGACAACGUAAAAAUAAACCUACAAUGAACUAUGAGAAACUCAGUCGUGCAUUAAGGUAUUAUUAUGAUGGGGACAUGAUUUGUAAAGUUCAAGGCAAGAGAUUUGUAUACAAGUUUGUCUGUGACUUGAAGACUCUUAUUGGAUACAGUGCAGCAGAGUUGAACCGUUUGGUCACAGAAUGUGAACAGAAGAAACUUGCAAAGAUGCAGCUCCAUGGAAUUGCCCAACCAGUCACAGCAGUAGCUCUAGCUACUGCUGCUCUGCAAACAGAAAAGGAUAAUUGAGCCCAGGACCUUCUGGGACUCCAAGGUCUUUCUUAAACAUUUAGAGCAAGUAUGGCUCUUACCUUUAUUAUUGAAUUUAAAUUUUCUUUUAUUUCUAGACUGUACAAUCUGAUGCAUGAUUUUUUAUAAAUAUUUCAUACUCUUGUGAA